AUGCAUAUACUCGUUGUCAACGACGACGGGCCUCCCUCAAACCAGUCUUCGCCCUAUGUCCAUUCACUAGUUCACACUCUCGAGUCUGCCGGUCACGUUGUCUCCGUCGUCCUCCCACACCGGCAACGGUCAUGGAUCGGUAAAGCUCACUUGGUCGGAGCUACCGUGAAGCCUACCUACUUCCGCCCUGGCACCCUCUACAAAGACGACGGGACAAUUCACCACCUUCCUUGGGGAGCCGAUGGAGAUUACGACAGCAAGCCGCCAGAGAACGAGUGGAUCCUCAUUGAUUCAACGCCCGCCAGUUGCGUCCAAAUCGGACUAUUCCACUACUUCAAGGACCGCGGCCCCAUUGACCUUGUUAUCUCCGGGCCCAACUACGGCAGAAACUCAACCGCCGUCUUCGCACUAUCGAGCGGUACAAUCGGUGGGGCAUUGGAGGCUGCUGUAUGCGGGUACAAGGCCAUUGCGCUCUCGUACGCCUUCAGCUCCCGGGACCAUGAUCCCAUCGUCAUUGCGGAAGCGUCGCGGCAUUCCGUCCGCCUAAUCGAACAUCUGUACAAGAACUGGGAGGAGGAUGUUGAUCUUUAUAGCAUAAAUGUCCCCCUCGAAGCCGGGGUUAGUGAAGCCAAAAUCCUUUACACGAAUGUGUUGGAUAAUCGUUGGACAUCCGGGAGCUGUUUUGAGGCCAUAGAUGCUGCGGAGAGCGGGGAGGGCCCGGAUUUGCAGGAACAGAAGUUGCGGCAGGCUGGGGAAGGAGACACCAGGCUGGGGAAAUUGAAGGGGAAAGGAGCGAGAACAAGCACGACCACGCCGGGGCAUCGGCAUAUGCAUUUCAAGUGGGCGCCAAAAUUUUCGGAUGUCUACAAGAGCGUAGAUCUUAGUCCUCCAGGUAAUGAUGGAUGGGUAGUUAAGGAGGGGAUGACUAGUGUUACCCGGUUGAAAGCGAAUUUUUUUCACUCAUCAGGUCCUUCAGGAGAAAUUCACUUGCCUUUCAAGAUACCAAAAUUCUACGCUCUAGUGGAAUGCCAGGACCCAUAUGUGCAGCCCCUUGUAAUCCAAGCCCUACGGGCCCGGUUGCACGAUAUCCCUUACGAAUUGAUAUUUUCCCUUUGCGAACUUCCCGACACCUCAUCCCCGUUAUUACAAUACCGAGUGUACGAGCAAUGCGACUUUGAGCACGUAUUAUCCCAUCCUACAACGUCAUUGGUGAAUACCUAUGUCAUCCGCAAAGCGCUUAUUCGCAAACACUUCUUAUCAAACACGGUAUCGAACUGGGUGGUAAAACAUCCCAACAGCGUUCUAAAAACGCACUACAAACCAGCCGUUGAUUUUGAGCUAGAUUACGCGGAGUUUCUUGAUGAGGCGUUGGUCGAGGCCUAUGAGUUACGAGAGAGUUUCGAGGCCAAUGAGGGGAAGGAAAAGGCUGAAAAGGAAUGGUGGAUUCUAAAGCCUGGGAUGAGUGAUAGAGGACAGGGUAUUCGCCUGUUCAAUAGCGAAUCGGCCCUGCAGGAGAUAUUUGAAGGUUGGGAAGACGGCCAAUCCGAUUCCGAGGAUGGCGUAGAUAGCGAAGACGGGAACGUUGACGCCAAUGCCAAUAAAGAAUCAGAGAAUGAUGAUAACCGUGAUGUCAACCAUGGAAUCAUCACCUCGCAGCUCCGCCAUUUCAUAGCACAACCAUACAUCCACCCACCUCUCCUACUGCCAUCGGAGUCGAAUCGGAAAUUUCACAUCCGUACAUAUGUGCUAGCUGUAGGCUCGCUGCAGGUUUAUGUGUACAGGGAAAUGCUCGCCCUAUUCGCUGACAAACCCUACCUGCCUCCCUGGCACAGUAGCGGUGACAGAAUUGACGACCUCACCCGUCACCUGACAAAUACGUGUCUUCAAACCGAUCGUGACGGCACCGCCAAACGGAAUGCCGUCCGACGCUUUUGGGCACUUGAGGAUACCGCCCCGUCUUCCUUCUCUUCCUCGACGACAGGAGAUCUCGACUCCAACACCAACUGGAAAGAAAGCGUAUACGAGCAGAUAUGUGCUGUGACAGGCGAAGUCUUCGAAGCAGCGGCACGGGGGAUGCUAGUGCAUUUCCAGACGCUACCGAAUGCUUUUGAAGUGUUUGGCGUUGACUUCUUAGUUGACAGCUCUGGCAAGGUGUGGCUAUUGGAGCUAAAUGCGUUCCCGGACUUCCGGCAGACGGGCGAUGACCUAAAGGAGGAUGUUGUCGGUAGGCUGUUUGAAGCCAUAAUGGAGGUUGCUGUGAAGCCUUUUUUCGGAAUCGAGAAGGAUAUCGAACGCGCUAGAGGACGGGCUGAGGCAUUGGGCUUGCAGCUGGUUAGAGAUUUGGAUAUGGGGAUGAGGAGGUGA